CUUUACUGGGAUUCUCCGGCUGCAAAAUGGUCUCCUUCAACGCGCUGUCUCUUUUAGCGGCUGUAGCUGCAGCAUCGCCAAUCGAGUUUCCCGGCUUUCCAUUGAUCGCUCGUCAGGAUAUUCAGACACCUAUCAAUGCUAGCCUUCCUAACGUCACCAUCUUUGCAACCGGAGGUACCAUUGCUAGCCAAGGAUCAUCCAAUACCCAAACUGUCGGGUACUCCGUAGGGCUUGGAGUCCAACAACUCGUCGAUGCGGUCCCUGAGAUCCUGAAUAUCUCCAAUAUCAAAGGAUAUCAGAUCUCCAAUGUGGACUCUGGAUCCGUCAACGAGACCAUCUCGCUCAAGUUGGCUCAUAUGAUCAACGAAGAGCUAGCAAAGGACGACGUUGCAGGUGUUGUCAUCACCCACGGAACCGACACCCUUGAGGAGACUGCUUUCUUCCUCGAGUCAACUGUCAACUCUACCAAGCCCGUCGUUUGCGUCGGUGCUAUGAGGCCUGCUACUGCCCUCAGUGCUGAUGGUCCUCUCAACCUUCUCCAGGCUGUCACUCUUGCCGCCUCCCCAGCUGGCAUUGGCCGUGGAACCAUGAUCACCCUUAACGACAGAAUCGGCUCUGCGUUCUACACGACCAAGAACAACGCCAACUCCCUCGACACCUUCUUCUCCACCGAAGCCGGCCAGCUCGGUUUCUUCAUCAACCAAGUCCCAUACUUCUACUACGCGCCCUCCGAGCCCGUCGGCCGCGUCACCUUCGACAUCUCCCAAGUCCAGGACCUCGCACAAGUCGACAUCCUCUACUCCCACCAAGACAUGAACCCAGAGCUCUUCAACGCCUCCGCCUUGCUCGGCGCUCAGGGCCUCGUGUUCGCAGGUGUCGGUGCCGGUGGCGCCAGCAGGAAGGCCAGCCAAGCUAUGGAGGCCUUGUACAACGCAACUCACAUCCCCAUUGUUGCCAGCCACCGCUCUUCUGACGGUUUCGUCCCGUCUGACCCCAAGGACUUCACCAUUGCCAGCGGUUUCUACAACCCCCAGAAGGCGAGGAUCCUGUUGCAGCUUGCGCUCACUGUGGGAUACUCUGAGGAGGAGAUUAGGGCCGCUUUCGCGAAGAGCUACCCCAUCCCUGCUUGAAGGAAAACGAAUCCAU